AUCCGACGAACUGGACGCACCUCUCUUUUGAUAAAGGAUUCUUGUGAAGGCAGAAAUGGAGGAGCUGAGCGCCGUGGGAGAGCAGGUUUUUGAUGCGGAAUGCAUUUUAAACAAACGGCUGAGAAAGGGAAAGUUGGAGUUUCUGGUGAAGUGGAGGGGGUGGUCUUCUAAACACAACAGCUGGGAGCCCCAAGAAAACAUCCUUGACCCAAGACUGUUGGCCGCAUUCAACAAAAAAGAGCAAGAAAAAGAGCUUCUAAUGCGCAAGAAAGGGAAAAGGCCGAGGGGACGACCACGGAAAAUCCUAGAAAAUGUGCCUGAAGCUCCAAAGUCAAGCAGCUCUUCAUCUGGCUCGUCAUCGGCGUCCUCUGAUUCCUCCUCCUCGUGCUGCUCCUCUUCAUCCUCGUCAGACGACGACGACGACAACGACAACGGCCACGCUAAAAAGGCAUCCCCGGGUGUCAGAACGCGAGACCUUCACCCUGUCCCUCAGAAGAAGGCACAGAUUAUCGUCGCAAAACAGGAGCCCCCAAAGAAGCGAAGCAGGAAACCUCAGUCCACUGAAGCCAAGGAAUUUCCACAGAACAAGGGCUCUCGCAAAAUCCUGAAGUCGUCCAAAGAUACUGAUCUUCCGGGGGCGAUCAAGAAGCCCGUUCACCCAGCGAGCUUCACCUUCAUGGGUUUCCCUCGGGGCUCGCCUCGGGAUACAGUGGGUGGUCAGAACAGGAGCCCUCUGACCCAGGGCGGGGCUGUUAAAAACUCUUUGAGCACCGUGGGAUCCUGCAGGUCGGUCCAGCCUGCCUCCCCCUCCGUGAACAAAUCCAGCCAGAGCAGGAAUGUUGCUGAGGGUAAACUGUCCAUCUCCAGUAUGAGCAGCGGGACAAGUCUGGAUUUGAAAGCAGCUACUGGUAAAUCAAAAGGGGUAGCGGCGUUGAAUCUGAAUGCAUCCAAACACCUCGUUCAAGGAAGCAGUCAGCAUACACUAAGCUCCCCCAAUGGACAAAAGAAACCCCAGGCCCCCGUGUCAACAAUGCAGCGGAUACCCAAUACUAAAGCAGUGGCUUCCUUACCAUCGAAAAAUGCCUCCUCCAAUCAAGGUUCUGGCCCUCAGCCACUCAACCUUCAGAACAAACUGGUGCAAAGCAACGAUGCUCCUGGAAAUGGCACUACUCCAACGUCAGGCCUGAGAAAUGCAACAAACCCAGCAAGGAAAACCACCUUUUCCCAAAACAGAAAAAAAAAUCCCCCCCCCCCCCCCCCCCCGCGGCCGGGCCGGCCCCCCCCAAAAGCACGCCAGCCUGGAGCAGACAAGGCCAGGGAGGCGACCGAAAUCCAGACCCCUAGAGUCCAAGGCAGGCUGGACAAGAGCAGUGUGCAGAAAUCCUCCACAGAGGUCCAGAGCCAGCAAGAGAGAUCGGCCUCCAAAGACAAGAAAGCCAAAAUGAAUGACAUGAGCACAGGCGAAGAGGAGAGCAGCUCCGACUCGGACCAGGAUCCUUCAUACGUUGGACAGGAUCGCUCUGUGGCGGUCCAGAACCAGGACUGGAAGCCCACACGUAGUCUGAUAGAACAUGUGUUUGUAACGGAUGUCACUGCUAAUCUAGUUACUGUCACAGUCAAGGAGUCGCCGACCAGUGUGGGCUUCUUCAGCAUUCGCAACUACUGACAGGACUCCAGACACUGCAAACCAGAUGGGCUUUGAAGCAAACGGGGGUUUCGGGUUCUGAAGGAAUUAGAUAAAACCUCUGGCUGGAGAAUUCCUGAGGAAUGCAUCAGCGACUGGAGGUCAAUUUGCGCUUCAUCUUCUUUUAGUAAAAGACCAGUUUUUAGGUUUAAAAAAAAAAAAGAUAACAAAAAGGAUAGAACCCCAGUUAUUGAUUGUGAUUAUUUAUUUGCUCAUCUCUACAAAUUGUUCAAGAAAUGGCAGCAGAGGAAGGGCAAUGCCCACCAAGGUGCAAGAGGCUGUGUUUUGGUCAAGUCUGAUGAAACUAAUCUUUUUGGUUUCAGUGAGUCCAAACUUGCGUCGUAACUGGGGUCCUGGAGAAAAAUAACUUAUUCAUUCAUUCAUCAAGUGUCAAGACAAAACUCCAAUGCCCCGUGUAGGUUGCAGGUAGGAUCAUUCAUGUUGAUCUCUUCUGUGUUUUCUCUGUUGGUGAAAUCUGUUUUGUUAGAACAUACACCACAGCAGAUAAGAGGAAUGUCUUCAUGAUGAAAUGAUGAAAGGGUAGGCAUGAGCAGGAGGCGUAGCUUCUUUUAUGGGUAGGAGACAUUUAGUUCAUGUGUCAGUGUUGUAAAUCCAUAUCAGUCAAUAGCUAAUGUAAACCAGUUUUAUUUUUUAUUUUUAGUAUAGCAGUGUUUAUUUUUUUAACAUUUCAUAAGUUAGCUACCUCGUUUUGUUGACGUUUGCUGCAAAUGUAUAUUCAUUUCUCGGUGGGAUAGGAAAGCCUUUCUCUCCAGGAUAUACCAUCAUUGUGUCCAUGUCAUUUUUAUUCGUAUAGCUCUAAAUGUAUUGUGACUCUCAUGCUGUAUAAACUUGUCAGUACCAGCGACCAGCUCCAGCUGCGGACAACUGCUUUUAUUUUUGGUGUAAUGAAAAGCUCCAUCAGAACAGCCUCUGAGUUCCACCCGGCGUUGAACUGCGCGCACCAUUAUCGUCUUAAAAAAGAAGUUUCAUUCCACAGUACAGCCAUCUUAUCGGCAGUUUCUCCAACCGGGCUGAAGCAUGUGGGGAGCCAGAUACAGUAUCUCAGUGUUCAGAUAAGACUCGGCCUGAGGUUUGCUCUUCUGCCUCUGCAUCACUUCUGGACUUCAUUCACCAGCAACUCUACUCUUCUCAGACACGUAAUUAAUAUGGACAAACGCCCGAGAAUAGGUGCUUGUGUUGACAUGACGGGAUGAUCUCGGUCAGUACACCUGACGACGCCGCUCCCGCAGUCUGUUGGAGCUUUCCCCCCCCCAUGAGCCUUUGAGACGAGGCAACCGCGUUGAAACCACUGUGGGAAACGGCUGGGUGUGGACAAAGCUUGACAAUAAACCGCUCCGCAUUGUUUGUCGCCGACCACAAAAACACCAGAUGUCGUCGGGUCGGUUGCUGCUGGUGUUUCAAAAUGUCGAGGACUGAAAUACCAGAUAUGUUUUGUUUUCUUGUUUUUCUUUUCCUUGCAGCUGCAGACGUCUCAUUUUUUCACCUGCCUGCAUGGGUUCAGGAGCUGCAGGCCCGGCCUCCCAGAGAAAAAAAAAAAAAAUAGAAAGAUCUUUUAUGUGAUGUAACGGAAAAGAAACCACAACAAUGUGCGCUACUUUCUGCUCCCUUGAGAGGAGUUCAGCAACAAAGCACUUCGACUGAACUCUUCUGUCUAAUCCUGCUCUGCAGACUGUGCCUUUUCUUUCUCUCAAAGACUAAACACAAAGGCAUUACCCCAAAGAUAGCUAGAAUUUCAGGUUGUUCAAUAAAGGAGUACCCAUAGAGCAUAGCAUAGAGACUGCACCAUUUUCAUGUUCUUGUCUGUAUUGUUUUGAAACCGAAAAAAAGGAAGACUUAUCACAAAUGUAUGGAACAGACACAUAUUUGAUGCCUUAAUGAAGCAAUAGAUUAAAGUUAUUGAAAUAGUUUCCAUUCAGGACCAGCUGAAAACAAAAUGUGAAUUCUCAUAUUACAGGUGAAAAAAAUGUUGUGAACAGCAUUAUAUAGUGCAACUGUCUUCUUGUCAAUGUAGUUUCAGCAUAUAUUUCUUUAAAGUCAAAAACAUGCAUCAGGCAGUAGGUACAGUUUAGUCUAGGCACAGUCACAAUGUCAUUUGUCACUACCAUGGUAUAGGCUAUGGGGUAGCGCACGGUGUUUAUAUGAGAAUGUUUUUUUUAUUGUAUCUGCUUUUCUUAAUGAAAAGAAUGAACUUGGCGUAAGUAUGUUUCCAGUUGUGAUCUUUUUUUUUAACUUUAGAUCUACUAACCAUCUCAAUGGUAUGUUCUCUUUACAAUUUAUUUAUUUCAAAUUUAAGAGCCUUUCAGGGUAGGACGGUGUCAUCAAUCCUUGUAUUGUGCCACUUGUCAAAUUGACUAAUAAAUGGUACAACCUUA